UCCGAAAUUUUGUGUUAUCACGCCGUUCGUCUUCGUCUUCUAGCUUCGCAUUAGAAGAUCAUGGGUUUCGCUGCGAUUUGGAACUCUCAUCCCAAAAAGUACGGGCCUGGUUCCCGCACCUGCCGUGUGUGCGGAAACUCGCAUGGGCUGAUCAGAAAGUAUGGUCUUAACUGCUGUAGACAGUGCUUCCGCAGCAACGCUAAAGAAAUUGGAUUCAUUAAGUACCGUUAAAGAAGAUCCGGUGUUGUUUGAGCAGGAAGAGUCAUUUGGGUUUUUAAAGCUUUACUUUAAUCUUGUAAUGGAUCUUAUAAAUGCUUUAGAGUUUCAACAAGGCAUUUAAGUUGUUGAACAUUUUAGCUUCCUUAAACAUCUUGAUUCUACUACCA